AUGUCGGUGAAUGCUUCGAAGUGGAAGCUGAACAAAAAAGAAGAGAAGAUGGUGGCAGAGGAGGCUGAACAGCUUCAUGAAAAGCUGCUGGGGGAAGGGGUGGCAAAACAACAGGCAGCAAAACAAAAAGAUGAGUUCACCAAGAAGCGAUCGUUAGAGAUCAAGCAGCAAAAGGCUCAGGCCAGUGCUGCGCGCAAAGAAGCUGCGGGAAAGGCACCCGAAACCAUCGCCACCGCCGCAUCAACUACUGAGGUGCAGUCUUCUGCCAUCAUGGCAGCAACACCAGUGUUGAACAACGCCUACUUCCAAGAGAUCCAAAAGGCUUAUGGUGUGGUCACCAGCCACUUCAAAGGCAUUGAGUCGGCGGAGCCCCUGAAGAUCACUGGCGAUGCGGCCGAGCAAAGCGGGUGUCAGGCAGUCUUCAAUGCCGAUGAAGCCAAAAUUAGCUUGACCCGCACAGGCUGUUACCGGGCAGCAGGGAACAUUUUCAACUUAGACCUGUUGUUCUCACCCACCCCAACGGUGCCACUCAAUUUGUCAAGGGUGCAGGCUUGGGCUGACCAUGCUUUCUCCGAUGGCCCCGUUCAUUUGAGAGACUGCACUGUCGUCAUGGUGCCGACGCCUGAUGAAGACAUCGUGGGAUUGAAAGGUAAGUGGAAGCAGGUGUCUCCCGAGGAACUGACUCAUGGAUUCAUCCUCAAGCUGUCCCAACGGAUUCUGGCAAAAGGGCAGGUGGCCGCAACAGAGGAUGAACUCAAUUUAUGGAAGUCAGUGGCUUUAAGCUGGCCAAUGCAGUUUGAGGUCAUUCUUGGGGAGGACAAGUUGUAUUGGUUUGUUCUCAACGCCCUGUGGGACAACAUCGAGUCCGGUCAAGUCGCGAAUGAGCAGGUCACUCAAGGAUACCUCAAAGGAGGCCAGAACUCAGCAUCCGCAAUCGAGUUGAUCAAGUUCAAGAAGAAGUGUUUUGACUACUUACUGGAUGUGGAGAUGCACAGGCAGGGGUUUUGCCCACAGGACUUGACGCUCCUACGCUCCAAGAUGUCAGACCACAAGAGCUUUCGAAAGAACGUUGCGCCGCUGGAGGGCACUCCGAUGAAUGGGUGGCAAGCAUCACUGAAGCAAAGCUCCAUGCUUUGCCUGAAGCUUCUCGAGGACUUGCUCUACACACCCACAUUCAAUGGCGCUGCUUUGGCCGUCUUGAAAAAAGGGGGGAAGCAAUCGUCGCCUGCCGAGAUGUUGGAAGUGGAAUCCUUUAAUCAGCGCUGGCAGCCCUGCUUGAAGAAGAAAGACGAUGAGAUUGCAGCGGACAAGGCUUUGAAUGAGAUCAACAUGAAGAAUGCUGAAGAGGAAGAGGAAAACGAGGUGUCAAAGCUUCUUCGAGGUGCUGUAGAAGCAAACCCCAAUCGCUACACCAAAGGUUCGAUUGAGCAUCACUGGGCCACUGCAUCCCAAACCUUGGGAAUCUACGUGACAAUUCUGACCGAGCCCGACACCGAAUCGCAGCUGACAAAGCUGAUCCUUCAGUCGCCAGUAGGCAAGGGCGAAAUCCAAGGAACGACUGGGAAAGAUUGCAUUCUCAUUCACUUGGAUGCCAACUUGAUCAGCGAGGCUGCCAAAAGGCCAGACAGGCGCCCCCCUCCCUUGACAGAAUCGAUGGUCAAAAAGCUUUGCCAUGCUGCCCUGCUUGGGCGAGGGGCCCAGCCAGUGGGCAAGAACACGUACCCUGACCUCCCAGUGCCUGGCGACCUCCUGUGUCUUCUUGAUGGUAGCCGAAGCUCUGAAAUUCUUACUUCGCCCUUGAGACCCACAUUGAAAAAUGGCAGCUUGGGAUGCUUGCCGCACUACUUGGAAGUGAAGCCGGUCACAGUUUGCAUCAGCGAGGACAGCUUGAAAGACAAGCGCAAGAAGGUGCGGGGUGCGCUGCAACAAGUGCAGACAAUGCACCUCAUUACCAGUGAGGCGCUUGACAAAGUGAUCCCUGAUCGGCCUCGAAACCGGUAUCCGGGAACCACAAGGGGCAACUGCGUGGCCUGGGUCAGCUUGACCGCCCCAAGCGACCACUGGCAGAUGACAGUUGAAGAGAAGUCCGUACUUUACGGUCAUCAUUGCAUCGGCAGUGAUGCAGCAGCGGCUGAUGAUGAUGAGAGGAAGGGCCAUGAAAUUGAACCGGCAUUUUUCAAUUUCCUCCCUCGCACCUUCUACGAAGAUAUCCUUUCCACUUACUCAGUGGCCGGUGUGCUCGACCUCACUCCGGGACAAGGUGAACUUGCCAAGGCCUGCUGUGAAAAAAGGAUCAAGUACACCGGGAUCGCCAUGACCACCAAACACCAGGAGGGCCUUCGUUCCAACUUGGUGAAGUGGCUGAAGGGGCAGACCUUUGACUGCAUUAAUGUAU